AUGAGUCGUGCUCCUUCGCGUGAGAACCUCAAGAGGAGUUCCAGCACAUCCAAAUGGUCUGAUAGUGAUCCCUUUGCGUCCAAGGCAAACUCUAUCCGAAGCAAUCCUUUCGCAACAGAGAACAACUCGGCCCGCACAUCAGUGGACAACUUGCCCCGACAACCUGCGGCUACACACGAUGGCAUGCCCCAACGGAAAGGAACAGUGCGAACUAUCGUUGACCGUAUAGUGCCUGAUGCUCUCCAGCGAAGUAUGACGAAUGCAUCUUACUUCAAGAGAAGCGAAAUGUACGGAACAUAUGAGAAGGCGAAGAAGAAGGGUGUUGACAUCCAGCGAAAGAAGUGGGUGCAGAAUACUUUCGAGGGUUCCAUCUACCUGUUCUUGGUUCUUUUCGUGUACUUUGUUCUCAUCGGCUUGCCUUUGUGGAAAGGCGCCGUUUGGUGGAUGUACUGGGUGGUACAAACCAAGUUUGUUCUACCUGGUGGAUUUGGUAUUACCCUCGGAAUCGCGCUAUUCUACGCAUACGCUCCUCUUCUCAUCCUCUUCGAGAAAGACCCUCCGCCUGCCGACACGAGUGGUGAAACCAAGAUUCAGUCCAACGUCUCAGAUACCUGCCUCAUGAUUCCAUGCUACAAGUCUGCAGGACUCAUUGCCAACACACUCGAAGCCGCUUUGAAGAUCUUCCCUCCGUCUCACAUCUUCGUCAUCGCCAACGGAAACAGUCCCACACCGCUCGACAACACUGAAGAGGUCUGUCGCCCAUAUGGUGUGAACCAUAUUUGGUCACCUAUCGGUUCCAAAAUCGUUGCUCAAUUCGUUGGCUGCUAUGCUGCAAAGGCAUUCAAGAACGUUCUGCUCAUCGACGAUGACUGCGCUCUCCCUGACAACUUCCCUGUCGUCACCGAACGUCUGACCGGCAGAGUAAUGUGCAUCGGCUACACUAUCAAAAGUGUCGGCCCCAACUCAUCGAAAGGAAACCUUUGCCAGCAGGCCCAGGAUCUCGAGUACAAGCUCAGCGGUAUUCAGCGCGAGUUUGCAGGCAAAGUCGGAUCCGCCACCUUCCCUCACGGCGCCAUCUCACUUUGGGACCGUGAACUUCUCGUUAAGACCUUCCAUGAACACCCGGGCUUCAGCGUCUCUGAGGAUUGGUUUUUUGGUCACGUCGCCCGCAAACUGGGAUCGCGCAUCAAGAUGUGCUCGCACGUCUUUGUCGAAACGGAAACCCCGACCGCAGUCUUCAUCUCCAGCGGCGGCUCGCGCGGUGGCUUCGGCGAAAUGACAAUUUUCAGCCAACGCUUUAAGCGAUGGAACUUCUUCUUCGUCAACGGAAUGUACUACAACAUGGCCUACAUCUUCGGUAGCUGGAAACUCGGGUGGUGGGAGGUCGGCGCAAAGAUUUUCGUCUUCCAAGAAGUCUACGAAACUCUCCUUUACCUACUCACGCCAUUCAUUCUCCCCAUUUCCUUUAUUGUGCGUCCUUCCUUCUGUGGUUACCUCCUCGCCGCUACAAUCGUCAUGUACCUCAUCAACGUCAUCAUCUUCAACGAGGUUCACCUCCGCAAGAAGAACGAGCGCGUAGGCUGGCAGCUCAUGUACGUGUACUACCUACCGUACAAGAUCGUCUUGACCUUUGUCAACGUCGCAAGCUGCUACUGGUCUCUCUACAAGUACGCCCGUUACUUCGCAAAGCGUCAUCCCAAGGUCAUCGAAGACGAAAAGGCCGUCGAGUGCGUCAUCCGUCUCGAAGAGGAACAAGCUUGCGGUGUUGGUCGUCGCCUUACUGUUCGCACGGUUGGACAGAGAGGCCGUGGUAACUCUGAGGACGACGAGUCGCCCGAGCAGUGA